AUGUAUUCAAAGUUAAUUGUAUCAAGUAUUAUUUCUGCAAUUUUCAUCGGUAUUGGAAAUGGUGAAGUAAUUGGUGAUCAGGCGUCAAAUUGUUUUCACGCUCCAAAUGUUUGCCCCAAUAAAAAUAUUACUUUUUGGCUGUAUACCUGGGAUAACCAACAAAAUGGUAUACAAUUGGAUAUCGAUAAUAGAAAAAAAUUAAACAAUCAGUUACCGUCUAAAGAAAAACCAAUAAAAAUUUUAAUCCAUGGCUAUUUAGGUGGUAAAAACGAUACCUUUAAUAACGUUACACGAGAAGCAAUUUUCAAACUUGACGAUCCUUAUGUAAUAUCAGUUGAUUGGUCUCCAUUAACGCAAGUUAAUUGCACGUUAACUAGUGCAAGAAAUACACGAGUUGUUGGUAACUGUAUUGCAAAUUUAAUCGAUAAAUUAAUUGGAAAUGCCAGAAUUUUAUUGGAAAAGAUUCAUGUAAUUGGAUUCAGUUAUGGUGCACAAACAGCCGGAUUUAUUUCACCAAAUUUGAAAUGUGGAAAGAAAUUGGCAUGGAUAUCUGGUCUAGAUCCAUCGUUACAAUAUUUCGAUACACCAGACAAAUCCCAGCAGUUAGAUCAAACGGACGCAGAUUACGUAGAUGUUUAUCAUGCAGCGAUAGGAUAUAGAAGUCAAAUUAAACGAGUUGGUCACUGUGCUUUUUACUUCAACGAUGGUCAAAAUCAACCUGGAUGUAGAAAACUUGACCUGGAUCAAACCUAUCGUCAUUUAUGCAGCCAUGAACGAUCAUUUAAAUAUUAUGCUGGAAGUGUUACCCACAAAUUAUGGGUCGAAAGAUGUGGCGGUUUACCGUUGCAUAAAUGUAAUCCCGUAACAGACAUCCGAGCGGGUUAUUAUGUACCUUAUGGUACAAGUGGAGUAUUUCGAGUCAUCACAACAAAUUAUACAAACGAAAAACUAAAUGUAAACGAUGAUGAUGUCGUGAAACAGUUAGCGCAACUUAAAGAGCAGCCUAAGUAAAAAAAUUUGGAAAACGGUUGACCCUGCAGGUCAUCCCUGUAACUUCCCGCUAAGUAUUGACUCAUAACGUGUAAAAAAUUUUAUCUAUUCUGAUGUUAUAUCCACUCGCAUUUUAUUGUAAUUAGAUGUGAUCUUAGACUAAAAUCUGAUUAAAUCUGAUCAAACCGAUUACGACCGACUUGGUGGCGAUCGAUGUA